AGAAAUUCUUGGUCACAAAAGACUAAAAACUUGUUUUUUCAAACGAUAUUCAUGGUGGAUUUCGUUGUUUUUCUUAGUGAAUUCUCCUAAAUUUCAUCGAACCGUAAACUUGAACAGAAGGGAAUCGGGCCUGGUGCCAGAAGCUCACACGCCAUCACCGUUGUAGGACCCAAAGCCUAUGCCUUCGGUGGCGAAUUCUCGCCACGUGUCCCAGUCGACAAACACCUCUACAUAUUCGAUCUCGAAACCCGAUCAUGGUCGGUGGCAGAUGUCACCGGGGACAUUCCUCCGCCGCGCGUAGGCGUCACAAUGACAUCCGUAGGUGACACCAUCUACGUAUUUGGAGGAAGAGACGGUACCCACAAGGAGCUCAACGAGCUCUACUCUUUCGACACAAGUACAAACAAAUGGACCCUUCUCUCUUCCGGCAACACGGGACCGGCUCACCGGAGCUACCACUCAACAGCGGCAGAUGAUCGACACGUGUACAUAUUCGGGGGAUGUGGCGUUGCGGGGCGGCUCAACGAUCUAUGGGCGUAUGAUGUGGUUGAUAAAAAAUGGGUCGAGCAUCCCAGGCCCGGAGAGAGUUGUAAAGGAAGAGGCGGGCCUGGACUGGUUUCUGGUGGAGGAAAGAUUUGGGUUGUGUACGGUUUCUCCGGCAUGGAGAUGGAUGAUGUGCAUGUUUUUGAUCCAGCGAGUGGGGAAUGGGCCGAAGUGGAGACAGCAGGGGAGAAGCCGACGGGCAGAAGCGUAUUUUGCACGGUGGGAGUCGGGAAAUAUGUAAUUAUAUACGGCGGGGAAGUGGACCCGAGCGACUUGGGGCAUAUGGGUGCCGGGAGAUUUUCGGGGGAGGUGUACGGGUUGGAAACGGAGAGGUUAGAGUGGACGAAAUGGGAAGAUAGGGUGGGGUUAGGCGGGAAUCACCCUGGGGCUCGAGGGUGGUGCGCUUUCUCCGGCGGACGGGUAGAUGGGAAAGAGGGAUUACUGGUGUACGGUGGCAACUCUCCGACGAAUGAUCGGCUCGGCGACAUUUUCUUUUUCAGUCCUAAUUGUGAGGUUUUAUCCAUGGACUUGUUGAAAUUGUGAAAGAACUUUUUCAGUUAAAAUAAAGAUUCUCGAUGGCGAAUUUACAAUUUUUUCUCGUGGUUUUUGUCAUUGUUGAAAAU